UUGAGGCCUAAGACAACCUAGCUCAGUUAGAUUUAUUUUCGGCCCAACUUCUCCCAAUCCCAUCUAAAGCCCUUAUAGAAAUCGACCUGUGAAGAUUGUAUCCCUCUUUUUCCCUUUGCAAAAGCAAAUUGUAGAGAGAGAAAAGACCACGAUUUGGUAAUUAGAUUGAUAUGGCAACUGAAGCAGCAAUAGAAGUUCCAGCGGCGGCGGUGGAGGAAGCGGCGGAGGUGGCUGAGAAGCAGCCGCACAGACUGGAGAGGAAGUGGACGUUCUGGUAUGAUAACCAAUCAAAACAGAAACCGGGCGCCGCCUGGGGUAGCUCUCUUCGCAAAGUCUACACUUUCGACACUGUCGAAGAAUUCUGGUGUUUAUAUGAUCAGAUAUUUAGGCCAAGCAAGUUGCCAACAAUAGCUGAGUUUCACUUGUUCAAAGCUGGAAUGGAGCCCAAAUGGGAAGAUCCUGAGUGUGCUAACGGAGGCAAAUGGACUGUUACUAGCAACAGAAAGGAUAAUCUUGAGAACAUGUGGCUUGAAACUUUGAUGGCUCUAAUAGGGGAACAAUUUGAUGAGGCUGAGGAGAUCUGUGGAGUGGUCGCCAGUGUCCGCCAAAGGCAAGACAAACUUUCAUUGUGGACUAAAAAUGCAGCAAAUGAAGCAGUGCAGAUGAGCAUUGGGAGGAAGUGGAAGGAGAUCCUUAAUGUCACUGAAAAGAUAACUUAUAGCUUCCAUGAUGAUUCCAAAAGGGAUAGAUCAACAGGUAAAGGUGGUCGAUAUAGUGUGUGAAGUUCCUGCCUUGUGCUGUUGCGCAUUUCUCUUUUCAGCUUUAUGAAAAACUAGUAAACCGAGUACUCUUCUACUGCAUGUUAACCUCCAGUAUUUUGCUUAUUGAGUGUAUCUGGAGAGGUAUUGUAUUUUUGAUUGGUUUUAUAUAAUGGUUAAUCUUGAAGGAAAUUUCUUCGUUGACUAUUA